UGCAUAUACAUGGCCUAUGAGAUGGAACCAUGUAGUGUUCUAUUAAUAAGAACUGAUAACUGGUCUUUAUAUGUACAGAUCGUGAAUGUGUAAGGUAUAUAUGUACGCUUUAGUACGUGCUUGUCUUUUCAUUCCGACAGAUAAUCACGCAAGCAACCAUGAUGCUGAUGAUUGUUAUCGCCGCCGCCACUCUGGCCUUUGUUGCUGCUGCCCCGCACGAGCGAUUCAGUGGCGAGCGCCCCGACAGAUUCAUUCAGCAGCUCGGCUUGAAUAUCAGCAACCUGUUCAACCUUGAGGUGUUGAAGUGUGAUGUCCAGAUCAUGCUGGAUGUCCUCGGUGCUGACCCCACGGAGCAGGCGUGCGAGGCCGAGUGCCAUAAACUUCUCCAGGAAGGCGCCGUCAUGACCUACGGAUGCCCACUUGUGUGCCACGCAUUCCAGAACCUCGCCCACUACUUCCACGAGACCCCCAAACCAGGUCAACAGAACCAGGCUUGUGGUGGUGCCGCCCUCAUCGAUGCGAUUACAGGCUAAAUUACAGAUUAAAUGAAUUUUAUUCCGAAAAAGCAAUAAACAAUUGUUACAUACAAA